AACCAGCAGUACACCCUCAAUUGCGUCCUAUCCAGCUGAGGAACAGAAACGAGGCCCACAGUAUACCCAUCCGAACAUCUACAGGACAUAACCACCCACCAUGUCUCGCUCCCAAUCAGGCUACGACCGCCACAUCACCAUCUUCUCUCCCGAAGGCCGCCUCUACCAAGUCGAAUACGCCUUCAAAGCAAUCACCAAUGCCUCCAUCAAUGCCCUCGGUAUCAAGGGCCGUGAUUGCGCAGUCGUUAUUUCGCAGAAGAAGGUGCCGGAUAAGUUGUUCGAUGCGGAUAGUAUGAGUUGGAUUUUUGAGGUUAGUGGGGGGGUUGGGGCUGUUGUUACUGGGAUGAUGCCGGAUGCGAAAGCGAGUAUCAACAGGGCGAGGUCAGAGGCUGCUGAGUUCCGUUAUAAGUAUGGGUAUGACAUGCCCGUCGACGCUCUCUCCAAACGUAUCGCCAACCUUGCUCAAGUCUCAACUCAACGCGCCUCCAUGCGUCCCCUCGGAAUCUCCUCAAUCUACGUUGGCGUCGACGAAGAGUACGGUCCCCAAGUCUUCAAAGUCGACCCAGCAGGCUACUAUACCGGCUACAAAGCCGUCGCUCAAGGUCCCAAGAUGACCGAAGCCACCAACUGGCUCGAGAAGAGAUACAAGCGCUCCACCGCCCCUGGAGCGAAUGGAGAUGAUAAGUGGUGCGAGACGCUUGAGGAAACGGUGGAGAUGGGGAUUAUGUGUUUGAGCAGUGUUUUGAGUGUGGAUUUUAAGGCGACGGAGAUUGAGAUUGGUGUCGUGGAGGGGAAGGGGGGAAAGUUUAGGAGGUUGAGUGUAGAGGAGAUUGAUGAAAGGUUGCAGAGUAUUGCUGAUAGGGAUUAG